AUGGGCAGUGUGAGCUCGUCUUUGGACGAACAUCCGACCUUAUACAUAAAAAAUCCUAGUCGAUUUCAAAUCACGGAAAUUUCAAUAGCAAAUUCCGUCAACGAUCCGUAUAUAACAUUCCCUGUCACAUCGGCUGGUAUUGCCGCUAUUCCAAAUACUAUAGAUCUACUAGAAUUUACUCAAGACCCUAACGUUAAAUCAAUAUCACCAAAUAAGUUUUUGCUUAAAUUGGCUAAAGAUAAAUGCUUGGAACUAAAGUUCAAAUUCAACAUAGGGGAAGCAGAUGGAAAUAAAGCUUAUGUCAAAGGACUUACAUUUAUCAAUGUUGCUAGUGAAAAAGAACUGGAAAGAAUAGUAACAGUUGAAUUCAACGAUGACCCCAACUUACAUAAACAUCCAAAAGUAACAUUAGUUGGAAAUUAUGAAUCGGAUGGAGUAAAACCCUUAGAAAUGGAAUGGACUUGGAUGUGGUCAGCUCCACAUAAUAUGGACGAAGUUCAUCGAGGGUGGCGAAACUAUUGCUGUUUUGCCGAAUAUGAUGCAAAAGAUAAUACUUUCCAAUUAUUGGCUGCGUUCACAUUUUGGGUUGCUGAUAGCACACGAAGUUACUAUCAUCGAGCGUCGAAAAGCACAGGAUCCCUCGACGGAACGUCAUUUCUUACAGGAACAUCAUCACUACUUCCGUCUUCUACAUCUGCACCAUGGUCCCUUCCACGCAGCGUCCGUCCAUCGAGUCCGGAUACAGUAUAUCUUCCAGUACCUGGUAUGUCGUCGCACACAUCUGGGACUGCCUCCUCAAUUUCAAGUGGGGGCAGACGCUCUUCUGAUGACUUAAUGUUCCAGCAUGAACCCGAAGAUGGUCCAUUGUUUCGUGCCACUCUUUCAUCAUAUGAGAAAAAGACAGGUUCAUUGAGACAAUAUAUAAAACGUAUACUUAAGGCUGCAUCGGCGUCUCAUGAAGUCAUGUUGGACAGCAAUGAAGCAGACGAAGAGCUUAUGGUGGCCUUAAGGGCAGCAGCAACGGCGCAUCCUCAAGCAUUUCAACCAGUGUUGGAUAGCUAUCUAGAAGAUGCUUCUAAAAAAAUUGCGACCCUCAGAGAAAAUCUUGCGAAUCAAAUGUCUAUUCUCCUUAUAGAACCCUUACGAAAAAUGUAUGAAAAUGAUAUUAAAGUUGCUGAUAGCAAAAAGAAGGAAUUCGAAGAUGAAUCUCGUGAUUAUUAUCAGUUUUUAUCCAAGUAUUUAUCCAUGAAAGUUGAUUCUGCUAAAGAGAAGAAGAAACUCGAAACUGAUUCUAAAUAUCAAAACAAACGAAAGACUUUUGAAUUGAAGCGAUUCGAUUAUUACGCAUAUAUGCAAGACUUACAUGGGGGAAGAAAAGACCAGGAAAUUUUAUAUCAUUUGACGAACUUUGCUGAAAAGCAGUUUGCAUUUUAUCAACAAACUGCAAUGAGUAUACAAAAUUUGAAGCCAAGUUUAGACAAACUAGCGGUUGAUGUUGCGGAGGCAACAAAGGAGAUUCAUCUAAUGAGAAAAGAAAGGGAAGAAAGGCGCAGAGCGUUGGAGACUCGAGCAAUAACUGCAAAUCCAUUCACAGGCGAGACUUUCAAUGAAGGGGAGAAUUCAAACAAUUGCAAUGGAAGUGUAUCUACGGAUAGUACUGUCGACAAUGCAGAAAGUCAAACAUCGAUUCAUACUGGAUCACUAAAUACAACACAAAAUAAAUUCAAAGGAAUCCGUGAUUUGGAGCAACAAGGCACUGAAUCUGCAUCAACUGCUGGCAGGAGGAAAGAAGGAUUUCUAUUUGCUACAUCACGAGCAACGCAACAUGGAACUGUUGAUCCGAUCGCAAAGAAUAAUUGGCAUAAAUAUUGGUGUGUAUUGGCGGGAGGUCAACUUUGUGAAUACAGUAAUUGGAAAAAACAACUUGAAACACACAACGAGCCAAUAAACUUGCGAUUUGCGACGGUAAGAGAAGCAAGAGGCGCUGACCGUCGUUUUUGUUUUGAGGUCAUAACGCCUCAAUAUCGACGUAUAUACCAAGCAAUUUCUGCUGAAGAUAUGAGUUCGUGGAUGGCAGUAAUUUCCAAUGCCAUUGAGAGUCUUCUUAACGGAACAAGCAGCUGUCGUAAUUUGGAUCAAGUCUUAACUCAAGACGUAGAUAGUACUGGUGCUGGGACGUUGUUUUCCAAAAAAGCCCUUCAAAGGAGGGGAACAUUGCCAAGUUUGUCUGAAAAAAGAAAACACGAUAUGAAGAAGGGUACACCAAUAUUAUCUGAGGAACCAAUUAUAAAAGCUCAGUCUAAAGGUCGGAACCGCCAGGAAAUGGAUGAAAAUGCAAAAUCUGUGAGAAUUCUUGAGUCUAUCAAAGGGGCAGACAUAUCGAAUACCUCCUGUGCGGACUGUGGAGCGCGCAAGACAGAAUGGUGUUCAAUCAAUUUGGGGAUUGUUCUAUGCAUAGAGUGUUCUGGGAUCCACCGUAGUUUGGGGACGCAUAUUUCAAAGAUAAGAUCGCUUACCUUAGACACGACUUCUUAUACACCUGACCUUAUUCAGUUAACUAAAUCAAUCGGAAAUGCACGUUCAAAUGCUAUUUGGGAAGCUACACUUUCAGCAAAUGAGCAACAUGCAGAUAAUCCACCCAUAUCGUCUUCGAAGCCCGAUUUUCCACCACCACCUCAAACCAUUCAUAAACCAACAAGUACCGAUAUUCGUGAAGUUAAAAAAAAAUUUAUCACAGCUAAAUAUGUAGAUCGGGCAUUUGUCGAUUUUUCUCUUGUUGACGAGGAUAAAACGGCGACAGAUCUUCUUUUUCAGGCUGUGAAAGCAAAUGAUAUACCUUUAGCAAUGCAAGCUAUCGCGUUGAGAGCUGAUGUGAAUACUGCACGUCGAUUCGAGGUUCUAGGUGAUCACGGAUUAAAAACGCCAUUGUUAUUGUCUUUGCUCCACAUUGAGCCUUCGAAAAUGGUAACAGAAGAAGGGAGGACGCUGUUUCCUAUGGCUGAGUUAUUAUUACAAAACGGAUCUUACAUCGAGAAUAUCUUAUAUGACAAUCUCGAGGAUAUGCUUGGUGUAGCAUCACAGCCUACCACACGAGGUUCAGCGAAGAGUGUUGGAACUUGGGCAACGGAUGUUGUUAAUGAUAUGAAGAAAUCUGGAAAAACUGUCCUAGAUGUAGUACAAUCAAGUGGAAACAUCGCAGCAAUAAGAUACAUUACACCAAAAGUACUUGCUAGAGGAGCUCCAAGUGUUACAAAUACCUCAAUAUCCACAACGAGUUCUGGUGGUGUAGUAAAUGGCAACAUUACAGAAAAAAAGUCAUCUUCAAACAUAGGUCGUUCCAUAUCGAUAUCAGUUAGGAAUGUAUUAUCAUGA